AUGGUUGAAAUCUUUACCCCCGGAUCCAUUACAACAUGGCAAAAGAUGCGUGAGGAGUUCAUUGACCAGUUUUAUCCACCUUCUAAGAUUGCAAAAUUGAAGAAAGAAAUUGCUAACUUUGAGCAAUUGCCGGGAGAAUCACUCUAUGAGGCGUGGGAAAGAUAUAAGGGGUUAAUAAGAAAUUGCCCUCAAAAUGACCUAAACGUCCAACAAGAGGUUUCUAUCUUUUAUGAUGGCGUGAACGUCACAACUAGGCAAUUAUUAGACUCCCAAGGACCCCUCACGAAGAAAGCACCAGCUGUCAUUAAAACAUUAGUGGAAGAAUUCUCCAAACAUUCAAGAGAAUACCAUAAUCUAAGGAACGAUACAGCUAGAGGCGUGGAUAACUCAGUUUCCGAUGACAUGGCAGCAAUGAUGGCCAAACUAGAAAGUAUGGAUCGUAGGAUGACAAAGAUGGAUCAAUCCAUCCAUGCCAUAAGGGUGGGUUGUGACAAUUGUAGCGGUCCCCAUCUUACUAAGGAUUGCGAUCUUGAUGAGAACGACAACUGGAAGGUACAAGUUUGUUAUUCGAGUGGCGAUAGGUUUGAUGAUGAUUGGCGAAAGCCCAAGAAGGAAUGGCUCCCCUACGACGAGUACAAGAAGGAAAAGGAGGAAAAGUAUAGGAAAAAAGCAUGCGGGUUUUAUCAAAAAGAAGAACCGGCGCAAGAGAAGAAAAAGGAUCUUGAAGCUAUGUUAACUCGAUUCGUUAGUGCUUCCGAGAAAAGGCACGACGAAUCCGAUGCAGCCAUUAGAGAUCAACAAAAGAUGGUGAAGGAGCACCAAACCAUGAUGAUGGAUCAACAAGCUCUGCUCCGGAAUCAGCAAGCUUCAAUCUUGAAUAUUGAAAAACAGCUUGGGCAACUUGCCAAGCAAUUCAACGAAAGAACACCAGGCGGGCUUCCUAGUGACACGGAAAAAAAUCCAAAGGGAGCGCAUAUUAACAUAGUGACAACAAGGAGUGGGAAGAUAGUCACACCCCUCACUCCAAUCCCAAGUACAGAUCAAAAAGAGGCAAAAGAAAAAGAUCAAGAAAAUCCGAAUUCGCCAACAGUAGAUAAAACUCGUUGA